CGCGUGCUGCCCUGCGCCCCGGCACGGCCCCCAGGAUGAAGAACCCGAUGCUGGAGGCGCUGUCCCAAUUGCUGGAGAAGCUGCUCCUCAUCUCCAACUUUAAGCUCUUCAGUUCGGGCACCCCGGCCGAAGACAAGGCGAGGAAUAAUUUCUAUGAGAUCAGCUCUUUCCUCCGCGGCGACGUGCUGGAAGUGCCCCGGACCCACCUGACCCACUACGGCAUCUACCUGGGCGACAACCGUGUUGCCCACAUGAUGCCCGACAUCCUGUUGGCCCUGACCAACGAUAAGGGGCUCACGCAGAAGGUGGUCUCCAAUAAGCGUCUUAUCCUGGGCGUCAUUGGCAGAGUAGCCAGCAUCCGCGUGGACACAGUGGAGGACUUCGCCUACGGAGCCGACAUCCUGGUCAAUCACCUGGACAAGUCCCUCAAGAAGAAGGCGCUGCUCAACGAAGAGGUGGCGCAGAGGGCCGAGAAGCUGCUGGGCAUGACUCCCUACAGCCUACUUUGGAACAACUGUGAGCACUUCGUAACCUACUGCAGAUUUGGCACCCCGAUCAGCCCCCAGGCGGACAAGUUCUGUGAGAAUGUGAAGAUAAUUAUCCGUGAUCAGAGAAGUGUUCUCGCUUCGGCGGUCUUGGGAUUGGCAUCUAUAUUCUGUCUGGGCUUGGUAUCGUAUACUACCCUUCCUGCAAUUUUUAUCCCAUUCUUCUUAUGGAUGGCUGGCUAACUUCAUAUCCCCGUGUCAGUGUGUGUAUUCUGUGUGUAAAUAUGUUUAUAUUUAUAGAGCACAAGUCAGUAUAUGCAUCAUCCAGAAAAAUGUGACCUGUAACACCGUGUUCUGGAUAAAAAUGUGACUAAGAAUCAUGCAAAGUGCUUACUGUGUAAGCCCAAGAACAAAGGCUUUCUCAAUCUUCUCAGGCAGUUCCAUUUUAAAGCCCUGUGCAGAUCUUGGAAACGUGGCAACUUGUGAUAGAAUUCACCCU